GAAAAUGGAAACGGAAAAUUCUACGGGGGUCAAAGAAAAGAGAACAAGGAAAUGUAGGGAAGAGGAUAAGGAGACUACCAGGAGAAGAAAGAAUAGAGAGAAGAUGAAGAGAUAUAGGGUUAAGCUCAAAGCUCAGCAAGAAGAUAUGGAAGAAGAGAACGAGAUCCUUAAAGUACAAGUUAUACAAUUGAAUCAGCAAGUGGAAACUCUGACAAAGGAGAAUGAAGAACUUAAAGCUAAACUUUCUUCAGCUAAAGCAGAAAAUUUAUCUACCAGUCAAAGCACCAGCUUAGGAUUCAGAAGUAACGAACGCUCAGCUUUCGAGAAGAUAGACUCUAUUUAAGGAAUGAUCCAAUUUUUAUAGAGCUACUAAAGAAGAAAGUUCAUUUUGAAAUUGAACUAUCUCAAGAGAGCCAACAAUAACCUUGUGUGAGAAGAUCUUCAAGAGAGAAAACCAUUUCUGGCAAAAUACUCUUCCUAAAUUAAUCCAAAAGAAUCCAGAAAAGGUUAAGUACACUCUAAUGGAGCAGAAUAAAGAUAUUGCAGAUGUCUAUGGAGCAGCAAGGAUCGCCUUCUUAAAGAGCCAGUUUAGGAACAUUAUCCAGAGCGUGUUACCUUUUAAUGCUAUUGUAACCUUGCUUGCUUUUGAUGAGUUUAAAAUCGAAGAUUGGACAAAAAUUCAAGAGAAAAUAAUAGAACCAGCUCCAGAUCAUCCUGAAUCCAAAUCUCCACCUCCUCCUCAACAAUCUCAGCUCUCAGAGCCAAUAAUGAAGUAUUUCAUGCUUCACGGUGAGAGUUUGCUACAUAAUCUUCGUGAGAUCAGAUCUUUGAUGCAGACCUUGAUGACGAUCAGAAAUAAGUUGUUCAGAAGACUGAAGGAACUGAGUGAUUUGUACAGGAAGUCAGAGUACAAGUAUGACAAGAAUGACCAUAUUGCUGCGAAAAAUAAGUGGGAUGAAUAUAAGGCUAAGGGGGUCGACUUGUUUCAUAUAUGGAAGAUAGCAAAGAAACAAUCGGAUUCUGAAUACAUAUCUGAUGCUGAAAUGAGUGAAUGGGAGGAGGAAGAAGCCUCGUUUAAAAUUUAAAGAUAGCCAUUUCAUCAUUUAGUAUUUCA